CAUCUGGCCACCUGUCAUCAUCAUCAUCACCAUCAUCGUUUGUGCGUCUGUGCGUCUUCGGCGGGAAAGUGCAUGGGAAAGUGGCGUUCGUCAUAGUGUUAUUUCAUUUGAAGUGAAUUUUUUGUGUGUCUGGCCAAAGUUUGUCGGCGUAGGAUGGACACAGAAGGAGACAGGGACUUUGUGAUUAUGAAAUUUGGUGAUGACACUGUCGACAUUGCGCACAGAAAUUGGGAGAAUGACGGUAUGUGUGCAUGGCCACCAGUGAAAGAUGCUCGCCGAAUACGGGAGCUCGUCAUCUCAGGAACAAUGCCAGGGCCCGGUUGGAAGUGGUUUCCGUGUGUGGCUGUUGGAUGGUUCAGAACGUAUGAGGAUGCCAGAAAAAUGCUGCCCCGUGCUGAAGACACGUCAGACCUGGCCAGCGAGAUCGAGCUUGGCAGGGGAAAACGAAAGCGAAGGAGGAGGAGAAUUAGCAGUGAUUCGGAUGUCGAAUCAUCACGCCAGGUGUCAGAUAUGUCAGACGUUGAGAGUGUUGCGCAUGCCCCAACUCCCCGGUUGCCGACACCUCCUUUGGUGAUACCCGACAGAGGGGACCUGAGAAGAACGACAUCACAGAGAAGUAACAAGGAAGGACCACGUCGCAGAGCAGCUGAAGCUUUGGAAACGAGGCCAUCAAGUGCUACUUAUUCUCUUGGCCUGUCACAGAGUGGCUCUUCAUCUCCCGCAUCAGAUAGGCUGGCAGGCUCUACUCUCAGCAGCUCAUGGGAUCCCAGUGUCUCCAUUCCAAGGCGAAGUAGGCCAUUGAAUGCGGAAACAUCUGCUCCAGCGGACGUUCAACCUUCCAGAGGUUCGAGCUCCAGGAAUUAUUCAGAGGGGAGCCUUGGAGGAACACAAACGGUUCAUGCAAUGUCCCAGCGAUUGGAUCAGCAGCCACCCCAACCUCGACAACUUCUGUCAAGACAGAGGUCAAUGUCAAGUGUGGAAGAUUCAAAGUAUGCACGAGAUUUUGAACAGAUCAUCAGGCUCCUUCACACGAUCAGGCUCAACCAAGAAGAACACGGUGAGCAGCUGCAUUUGAUCAUGUCGGAAAUGACAACUCGGGUGCAUGAAGAGCUGGAUGAUGACUUCCUCCAAAGGCCAUUCGAGGACCUCGAUGAAUUUUUGUUCUUUGACAAUGAACUGAAAACAUCGGCUGACAGAAGAGAGAAACUGAGAGCCUUUUUCUGCAAAUUUGGGGGCCGACACGCAAAGGAGAAGACUGUUGUAGCCCUGCAGCAUUUGAUGGGUGACACAGUUGCCGAGCAAUUUAGUUGGUACGGGAAAAAAGGGAAGAUGAAGUUCUAUGCACUUAACAGUUGUGAUAUCCUGCUGAAGGCCCUUUGUAGAGCAAGAACUCGGUCAAAAGCAAGUGGCACAGCUGCAGACACUACCCCAACCUACAAGGAAGUUGAAGCUGCAGUAAAGGACUGGCUGCGUAGGGCUAAAGAACGAAGAGCCAGCCGUAGUAAAGCACAAGUCUCCCAAGAGGAAGAACUCAUCCCAGAUCCAGAAUGA